AUGCGAGGUGCAUUUUACGUGGCCACUGCUCUCCUCAUCGCAAGUAGCGCCCGCACAGCCCGCACAGCUGCUGAAUCUGUCCAGAUCAAAUAUGUAAUAACGCAAUAUUAUGACAAGUUGCCAAUCGGUGGUUCUGACACAAUGACGUUGCCCAGAAGAUCUCUUCAAGGGAGUGGAGAUCAACUGGAAACACCAGUGGCCGAAGAAGAACGCGUCUAUCUAACUAAAAUACUCAAAAGUGCAGAAGAAUAUGUUUCCGAGGCACUUUUGCGGUCAGAGGAAGCCAAGGUGGGAAGUGUGUUGCAAAAUUUCAGCAAGCCUCCUCCGAUCGUAAACUCGUCAUCGACAAACUCGAAGAUUGCCGAAUAUCUCCAAAAAUACCAGAAGAAUUUGGCCGAAAAGGCUGAUAAAUCAUCUCGAGCUGAUCACCAGACCACAGCCGAAGCAAAAACACACACUCAAAAUGGCAUCGAUGAUGCUAAUCUCGCUGAGACUUUUCUCGGACAGAGUAAGGAGCAUGUUCGUCUUGCUGAAGAUGCUAAGUACGAUGUUAACAUGUCUGUGAGAUGGAUCAAACGUUUAAAAUUUGAGGCUGACACAAUUAAAAAAUCCAUCCCAAAUUUUAAUGCGGAGGUAGACGCUCAAGUCAAGGAAAUGGAUCUUGCGUAUCAAGAGCUCAAGGUUGCUCAAGCCGAUAAUAGACCUCUUGUCAACUUCAAUUUUCGAGCCACCCUAGCCAAGAAACCCACUUACGCUACCCAAAACUUCAGAGCCGCCCGGCCUGGCUAUCAUGCUCAUUUUGGUAUCGACGGUCAUGUCAAUUCAGCACCGGAGAGCUGGACUUGA